CUCCCGUUGCCAUUCUCACUCUUUCAGAGAGAAUCACCUCGAUCAGAAACAACAUCAGAUCCCGGGCUGACAGAUUACUAUUUAUUAUUUAUCGAGACAACUGACUGUUACAUCAAGUCUAAAAAUGUUGAUCAAAUUUGUACUAGCUUUGCUGCUUGUCUCGGUCAUGGGGGAAGUGGUUGGAACGGAAAAUGUUGACGUUCACGAGAGUCACCCCGAGAAACCGGCGAAUCAAAAAGGACGUCUCUCCUUGCAGAAUACAGUUGAGAUCCAGCACUGUCUUGUGAGUGCGGGAGAUGUGGGCUGUGGCGUGUUCGAGUGUUUUGAGAACAACUCCUGUGAAAUCCGGGGCUUGCAGGAGAUUUGCAUGACCUUCCUGCACAAUGCUGGCAAGUUCGACUCGCAGGGCAAGUCCUUCAUCAAGGAUGCACUCAGGUGCAUGGCGCAUGGUUUAAGGCACAAGUUCAGCUGCAUCAGCCGAAAAUGCCUGACCAUAAAGGAGAUGGUCUUCCAGCUUCAACGGGAAUGCUACAUGAAACACAACCUCUGCUCAGCUGCUAAAGACAACGUCAAUGUCAUGGUGGAGAUGAUACACUUCCAAGACUUAUUUCCUAAAGGGCCGUAUGUAGAGCUGGUGAACAUCCUGCUGAGCUGUGGAGAGGAGGUGAAGGAAGCCAUCACUCGAAGCGUACGUUUGCAGUGUGAGCAGAACUGGGGUGCUCUGUGCGACAGUCUGAGUAUCUGUUCAUUGAUAACCACGGCUCCAGCAUCAGGGUCUGCAGGCGGACUUGAACGACGUCCUGCGGCUUCCUCUCAUUCAGAGGGAGACCACCCCAAAGGCACUCGACAAGGAGACAAGGACAAACCUGGCAGGGGUGGGUUCAGUUCCCACACGAGAAGUCGGAGCCAAGGUCCCCAACUUGCCAGUUUAGAUUCCAAUGUUGGCGAGCAGGAAGACUCUAAGAUCACUGACAUUCGGAGGUGAAAUAACAGGAUCAUCUUUCUUGACCAUGUCACCAUUACCCCGAUCCCCAAAUUAACAGACUGAGCAUGAUGAGAGCAGACCUCCAAGUUCAACCCAUCCACUCCUCACAUCUCUACACACCUUUAACAGUCAUUCCAGCACUACAAGACUGUACAUUUUGCAGGGUAUAUGUGGUGUAUCUUUUUUUGAUACACCAGAUUAUAUGACAGAUCAUUACGUUUGUAGAUUUAAUAGUACACCAGUGCUUAUUUUUAGUUUUAAUACAGCAUCUCUAUUUCUCAAAUCAUAUCCUCCUCAAGAUUCAAUCACUUCUGUUAUUUAUUUUAUGCAAUAUGCAGUGUUUGAAUAUAAAACAUGUACAUAUAAAUCUGUGUUUAUCUAUAUUUAUAUAAACAUGUCUAAAUAUAGCCUCCAUAUUCAGUACUGAUAUACUAUAUGGAAUAUAGUUCCAAGAAUGCUUGCUGUUGUAUUAGUCACAUUAUUGCACCAAUUAUGCAUCUCACUGUAGAUAUGUAAGAUAUGUUUGUUUGCUUACUCAUUGGUUUCAAAGUCGGAAAUGUGUGUGUGAUUUUUAUUUGAAAUACUUUAUUAGAUACAAGCUGUUCAGGAUUUAAGUCUAGGUCUAGCACAUAUGAAGGUUUGUGCUUAUUAGAAGAGAAAAAGUAGUUAUGUAUAAAAAGAAUGUCCAGUUACAAGCUUAUUGUGCCUUGAGAAUAUAAUGUAGAGGUUUUUCCCCACAAUAGACUAAAGAACCGGAGCAGAUAAACAAACCAGCUGCCACCAGGGAAUCUAUGUGUAGUUACAUAAGGCAUUGUAUUCAGAUCUGUGCUUAAAUACAUGUUGAAAUAUAUCCAUAAACUGUCAUAUGUCCCAGUAUGAUAUAGUGCCCUGAUAAUAUCACUUAAGUUUAAUGUGUAUGCUGCACAUUGUUGGGCUUCACCCAAACAGAUUAGUUUAACACAGGAACAACUUUAGCUCACAAGUCCACAGACAGCCACUGGUGCUUCCAAGCUAAAAAAAAAAUAGCCGUUUUAUCCCAGAGCCACUGAGAAGAGCUAGAAUCUGGGGCCCUAGCCGACUGGCCUUAGAUCCAGGAACCGGGGGUGAGUCUACACAAGAAGCUCAGGGUUUUACUGACAAUAAUAUUGAAAUGGUUAUGUUUACUAUAGCUAGGGAUGAUUUUUGGGGUGCUUGCCACAUGAUUGGUUAAUUAAUGCAAUGGUUGGAGCUGACUGUUGGUUUGAGAAAAAGGCAAUGACCUGUAUAGUUCUGCUAUUCAUAAGCCGAAAGAUCACAGUAGAUUCAUUGACCAAUCAUAUCAUUUUAAGUCACUCAGGUAUUUCAGUAUGUGGGCAAAAUGUGAUCAGCUUUGGGUUAAACCCUUGAAAAUAUAUUUAGGAAUUGUCACAAUAAUGGAAGGAAAUGUGUGUAAAACUAUUUUAAUGGAGUAAUGGAUUCCAUCUCCGUACA